AUGACUCCAAUGAAAAAGGAUGCUAAACGCAAAUAUGUUACAACCGCCUGCGAUGCAUGCCGGCAGAGUAAAGUGAAGGUCGGAAAUCGGUUUCCUUGCCUGUCCAUGGAGAUUGCCGCAAGAUGUGAUGGAGCCCAGCCUUCUUGUUCAAAUUGCCAAAACAAGAUGAAGGAAUGCACUUAUCGAGCUGGAUCUGAUAAGAGAAAAAUAUCUCUUCGAUUUGUGGUCGAUCUUCUUGUUAACCGACUAGAUGAACUAUCUCAAUAUCUCAUUGACCAGGGAUUGUCCCCGCCUCCCAUGUUCAAUGAAAAUGAAAUAGCAUUGAAAAAUGCUUUGGAAACUCUUGGACUUGGCCACGUCCAGUUAGCCUUGGAGAAAAUCGAGACCAAGGACAGGCAUCUGGCGCAUUCUUCUCUCUCGGGGACUACCCAAGUUCUGCUUGAAGAUACCGAGGGGGCGGAUCUUGAGAUCGACCUCAGCGAGUUGAACUCAAAUAUGGAUAUAUUGGGGCAACCAUUGAUGAAUGACGGCUUUGAAGAGAUCUACCAACCUAGAUCACGAAAGGCUUUAGGUCUCCCUAGAAUUACUGAAGACUCACUGCCACCCCUGUUUGAAGAUGAGAUCGUGGACUUGGGGGGCUUCUCGGAUAUGGGCCAAGAAGCGAAUCCCAAGGACUCCUCUCCACAGGCUUUGCCUGCCCUUGCUCAGCCUAUCGAAUCGAAUCAACAGCAGCCGCCAAGUGACUUGCCCGAUUCAGAAUCUUCGGACCACAAUUUGAAUUCCAACGUCACCAUGCCAAGUAGUGACGAAGUGAAGCAAAACUCCAAUGGCGGCGAAGACAUGGAAGAUAUCGUCCAUCGCCUCUCAGACCGAAUGGGGAGUCUCCAAAUUGGAUCAGAUGGACAAGUGCGAUACUAUGGCCCUACGUCCCACUUUAACUUGCUACGAAUGCCCACCCCGGAUAAGUUAACAAUCCAUCGCAAUGUACGAAAAGACGGACAAGACUACUUAUACCGCAUGGGCAUCGGUAAAAGUGUGCCGCCUGAUCUGGAGGCCCAUCUGAUUAACCUAUUCUUUACCUGGCACAAUCCAUCAUUUGAUGUGGUGGAUAGGAAAAUGUACGAAGCGGCAAAGCAACGUUGGCAAGUCGACAUGGAAGAUACGCCAUAUUAUUCUGAAGCGUUGAAUAACGCCAUGUGUUGUCUUGGUGCUGCAUUUGAGCCUCGCUAUCAUCCGAACUUCAUUACCUAUCCAAAAUCCGUUUCGGACUUUUUCGCAGAUCGGGCUAAAACUUUACUUGAUAUCGAGCUUGAUUCGCCAUGCUUGGCGACUGUCCAAGCAAUGGUAGUGUUAAGCGGACACGAUAUAGGUUGCAAGCGUGACGCAAGAGGAUGGCUUUACAGCGGAAUGGCUAUGCGACUUGCCUUUGAUCUUGGACUACACCUCGAUAUGUCAUCUUACGUAUCAGAUGGAUCUAUCAGUGCCGCCGAAGCUGAAUUGCGACGUAUGGUCUUCUGGGGGGCCUACACACUGGACCAACACUGGGGAUUCCUCCUCGGACGACCAUUCCGAAUCAACAUGGAAGAUGUCACCGUUGACAAGCCUGGUCGCGAUUCGAACUGGGAUCAGGCUCAGCGGUGGACACCUUAUGGACUCCCAUACCCCGUUUCGCCCCUACCAGACCCAUCGAUCGUGAACCCAGUCACGGCUUUGAGUCAGUCUCGUAUCUUACUAUGUGAGAUUAUGACGCCGUUGGGCCAUGUAUUGUACGGAUCGUCAAAGAUAUCAAAACACGAUCUGCAGAGUCUCAACGCAAAGACUACCAAGAAACUUCUUCAGUGGAAAGCCAAUCUACCCACGCCUCUGCAAGUGGACCUCGACAAUUCGACAAUUCCAUAUCUGCCACAUGUGCUACUACUUCAUAUGCAUUAUCAUCAAGCUAUCAUCCAUGCACAUCGACCAUGGAUCUCCAAAAGCUCGAUCCAACCACAACCCGCUCAAGGCCCCGGUCAUACCCAUGCUCGCAAAAUGUGUGUCGAAUCCGCAACCGCAAUUGCCAAACUGCUCCAUCUGUACGAAUUACGCUAUACUUUCCGUCGCAUGAACAUCCAAGCUGUGGCAAUAACCUGCUCAGCGGCGCUAAUGUUGAUAUUUGCGACUAUUCUCAAUCGUAAUUCCAACCAUGACCAUGAAACGGUAGCUCACCUCAGCCUUUGUUUCCGAGCACUGGAGGAAUUCGGUUUCUCAUGGGAAAGUGCGAAACGAGCGCAGAGUUUCUUGCUUCAUAUGCAAGGCCUAUGGGAGGCGAAGGUCCGUCCUUAUCGCUCUGCGAAGCGGGCUAUGCCUGAAGCUCAGGAUAAAUCUCGAGCGCAAUCACCUCAACCCAAAAAGUCACGCACUUCUCCUGAAAGCGGAAAUGGGGGUAAUGAGAUUUCUGGAGAUGGUUCAACAGGACAGGACUUGCAAGGGAAGGAUGAUGAUCUUAUUGAUUGUGACUCCGAGGAUUUUGACUGGUUAUGGGCCGCCAGCAUGGGCGCUGUUCCUGCUCCUGAGUGA